UGUAAACGCAUGCCUGCCGAAUGACUGUGCCGAUUCAAGCAGUUUAAAAGUUAGCGGCACAGACGUUUUUGCCAAAGUUUAACCGUACCUUAAUUAUAUGUUAAUUAGUCACUCGGCGGUAUUGAUUCACAUUUCCACUUCCAAAAGGUAGACUACUUAGCUCGACCACCAUGUUCGAUGACAUUCGCAGGAAGUUUGAAACCGAUGGGUAUGUCGUAAUUGAAGGGUUCUUCUCUGAGAAGGAGGUCGAGGAAAUAAAGAAAGAAGCAGAAAAAUUAGUAGAAAAUAUGCCGGAUGAAUCGAAUAGGACCAUUUUCAGUACUACAAAUUCUGAAACCCAACAGAAUAAGGACAAAUACUUUCUUGAAAGUGGUGAUAAAAUAAGUUACUUCUUUGAAGCCGAAGCUCUAGGCCCGAAAGGUGAAUUGUUGGUCGAGAAACAAAACUCUCUGAACAAAAUAGGACACGCACUUCACGAAUUGAAUCCUAUUUUUCGAAAGUAUACGUUAGACGAAAGGGUGAAGGAAGCAGCCUUCCAAUUAGGCUUCGAAGUGCCAGUCAUACCGCAGAGCAUGUACAUUUUCAAAAAUCCUGGCACUGGCAGCGAAGUCACAGCUCAUCAAGACGCUUGGUACCUGCACACGGACCCGCUGAAAUUAGCGGGAUUCUGGAUAGCCAUAGAUGACGCCACGACGGAAAACGGUUGUUUGUGGCUUGCCAGGGGUUCACACAAAAGCGGGGUUCACCGAAGGUACAUCAAAAAUCCCGAUCCCAACUCCGAGGAACUUUUAAUUUACACUUCGGCGGCACCUUUUUAUUCCAAAAGCAACUUCACCGCAGUUCCCGUACGCAAAGGAGCCUGUAUCCUGUUACACGGACAGGUUGUCCAUUUCAGCGAGGCGAAUAAAUCUCAGAAACCAAGACAUGCCUACACCUUCCACAUCACCGAGCAAAAAAAUACUAAAUACUCCAAGGAAAAUUGGCUACAACCUGGGGAGAGACCGUUUCUAAGUCUGUAUAAGAAUUAGUGUGAUCGAAUAAAAAGUACGCCCCUUUUAGCUUAUAUAAAUACUACACCUAACCGACUAGUUACCUCAAAGUUGUGUUUGGUGGAAGGGGCGGCGUACUAUUACCCUGUUUAAAAAAGGCGGCAUGGGAAUCUUUUCGUUAAUGAUUUUUCUAUGUGUAAGACAUCGAAUUAGGGAAACUUUGAGUAAUACUCUGAUUGUGUACGUGUAUAUGUAUAAGCACGAUUUGUAUGUUUUUUACCACGGAAUUUUUGAAAGCAUACCAAAAAAAAUGUAAAAAAAUAGUUUUUUUUUCUAAUCUAGAUAUUUGUUAUAGUUAAUUGUGUACAAAAGGGAAAUAAAAAGAUGUAUUUUUCUUA